CGGACACACAGCGGGAGAGCCAAGCGGCAAGUCGGGAUCUUCUUCCUUCUCGCUCGUUUGCGCUUUGGGGGAUCAACUUUGCCUUAAAAAGUUCGCCAUUGAACAAGCUCUUUUAUUUUGGAACUUGCGCCACCGAAGUGUUGUUGGGUUUUUCUUUAGCGCGCGCAAUGGCACCGCGCGUCCUUCGCCUCUUUGCGCACCUCCACGCGGAGCUCCAGACGGGCGGAGAGCGAUAAGAAGAACACGCGUGGAGCGGACAACCUUGUGCGUGUGGAUACAACGCCUCGUUUUCAUGUAAAAGCUCGUCGCUUUUAUUUUGGAGGAGUCUACCGACCUGUGGUUUUAGCGGCUCCAGAGCGCACCUGUCUGACUCAACCAUGUUGUCCUGUGGGAAAUACUGCCUGCUUCUGGUCCUGCUCACCAAAAGUAACCUGGCCGACCAAGGAGUCUCAAAUCAAGUGAUUCUUUUGGACACCACGGCAGUGCUGGGGGAACUGGACUGGAAAACCUAUCCCAUCAAUGGGUGGGACGCAAUCACCGAGAUGGAUGAACAGAACCGACCGAUUCACACCUUCCAAGUUUGCCAUGUCAUGGAGCUUAACCAAAACAACUGGCUUCGAUCCGGAUGGAUCCAACGGCAAGCCGCGCAGAGGGUAUACGUGGAGCUUCGUUUCACUCUGAGGGACUGCAACUCCAUUCCUUGGGUGUCGGGAACUUGUAAGGAAACCUUCAACCUGUUCUACCUGCAGACCAACGAACCGUUGACUUCUGGGACGCGAUUCCGGCCCACCGACUACGCCAAGGUCGAUACCAUCGCAGCAGAUGAGAGUUUUACUCAGACGGAUCUCGGCGAUCGCGUUCUCCGUCUCAACACCGAAAUCCGGGAGGUGGGGCCGUUGACACUGAGGGGUUUCUACUUGGCCUUCCAGGACGUCGGAGCUUGUAUUGCUCUCGUCUCUGUCAAGGUGUUCUACAAACGCUGCCCGUCCACUUUGCGGAAUCUGGCGGUGUUUCCUGAUACGGUUCCACAUAAGGACUCUUCCUCUCUGGUGGAGGUGAAGGGAGCCUGUGUGGAAAACGCCGAGGAGAAAAACCCGCCGAAAUUGUACUGCGGUGCCGAUGGAGACUGGUUGGUGCCUCUGGGUCACUGCGUGUGCAGCAUCGGACACGAGGAAAUGGACGGCUACUGCCAGACCUGCAAGCCCGGUUUCUUCAAGGCGUAUGCGGGCAACACGAAAUGCUCCGAGUGCCCUCCACACAGCGCCAGCCACGACCAGGCCGCCACCAUGUGUCACUGCGAAAAAGGCUUCUACAGGGCUGUCAAGGACCCCUCCACCAUGGCGUGCACAAGGCCUCCAUCGGCACCCAGGAACCUGGUGUCUUUAAUCAACGACACGGCCCUGUUCCUGCAGUGGAUGCCUCCGAGCGACUCGGGCGGCCGCAGCGACAUCACCUACAAUGUCCUGUGCCAGCGUUGCGACGGCGGCGGCGGCGGGAUGCAAUGCGGCCCUUGCGAGCCGGACCUGAGAUUCAUCCCACGGCCGCUGGGUUUGAGCGGGAUCUCGGUGGCCAUUUUGGAUUUUGCCACGCCGGCGAACUACACCUUCCUGGUGGAGGCUGUGAACGGCGUGUCUGGGCUGGGCGUGGCUGCACGUGCGCUGAUUAACGUUACGGUCAACACCCACCAAGCUGGUCCGGCUCUGGUGGGUGUCAUCAAAAAGGACUGGUCCUCUGAUAACAGCAUCGCCCUCUCGUGGACAGAAGAGGAACAUCCACCAUUGGACAUUGUCGACUAUGAAGUCAAAUACUAUGAGAAGGAACAAGAGCAGCUGAGCUACUCGUCUACACGGACAAAGCAUCCCAGCGUGGUGGUGACGGGGCUCCGACCCUCGACCGUCUACGUCUUCCAUGUGCGGGCUCGAACAACCGCCGGCUACACGGCAUACAGCUCCAACUUUGAGUUCUCCACCGCAGCGGAAGAUCCCGAUGUGGCUGAUCAGGGCCAAGUGUUGGUCGUUGUCACCGCAUCGGUUGGCGGCUUCUCACUCUUGGUCAUCCUCACCCUGUUUCUUCUCAUAACCGGACGGUGUCAAGGUUAUAUCAAAGCCAGGAUGAAGUCACAGGAAACCCGCAGGACACGAUUCCGCAGUGGCCACGUUCCAUUCUCCGGAAUAAAGACUUAUGUGGAUCCGGACACGUACGAGGACCCCACUCAGGCUGUGGAGGAAUUUGCAAAAGAGAUAGACCCCUCAUCUAUAUGCAUCGAUCGGGUGAUUGGCACAGGGGAAUUUGGAGAGGUCUGCAGUGGUCGUCUGCGCAUACCUGGAAGGCUGGACAUCACCGUGGCCAUCAAAACCCUGAAAGGCGGCUACAUGGAGCAUCAGCGGCGAGACUUUUUACGCGAAGCGUCAAUCAUGGGGCAGUUUGACAGCCCCAACAUCAUCAGACUCGAGGGCGUGGUCACCAAAAGCAGGCCGGUGAUGAUCGUGGUGGAGUACAUGGCAAACGGAGCGCUUGACUCUUUCCUACGGGCGCGUGAAGGUCAAUUCACGGUGCUCCAACUGGUGGGGAUGAUGCGCGGCGUGGCCGUGGGCAUGGCCUACCUCUCAGACAUGGGUUACGUUCACAGAGACCUCGCCGCUCGCAACAUUCUGGUCGAUGCCAACUUGGUGUGUAAAGUGUCCGACUUUGGCAUGUCCAGAGUCAUGGAGGACGACACGGAGGCCACCUACACCGCCUCGGUGAACGUGAGCGUGCGAUUAGAGUUACCCGCGGCUUAUCUAACUCCCUCUCAAGGUCCGCAUCCUCAAAUGAUUAUUCAGUCGUACUUUUAUCAUCAGGGAGGAAAGAUACCCAUACGCUGGACGGCACCAGAGGCCAUCGCGUAUGGAAAGUUCUCCUCGGUCAGCGACGUUUGGAGUUUUGGUAUCGUCAUGUGGGAGGUGAUGUCGUACGGCGAGAGGCCUUACUGGGAGAUGUCCAAUCAAGAUGUCAUUUUAUCAAUGGAGGAGGGCUAUCGAUUACCCGCUCCGAUGGGCUGUCCCGUCACGCUGCACCAGCUGAUGUUGCACUGCUGGCAGAAGGAGCCGGCUCAGCGGCCACGAUUCAACAAUGUGCUUUGUUUCCUGGACAAACUCAUCAUUAACCCCAGCGGGCUCCUCACUCUGGUGAACGAGUCACUCAGUCUUGUAGGUGCAGCACCAUCUGCUGGAUCUGCGUGGUCACUGCAUCACAUUGCCCCGAUGGAAAUGGACUGUAAUGGCGAAAAGAGAAAAGCGUUAUUAUCAGAUUUCCCCGAUUCUCCCGACGAUUUGCCCGACUACCCUCUCUUCAUCUCCAUCGGAGACUGGCUUGAUUCCAUCAAAAUGAGCCAGUACAAGAACAACUUCAUUGCAGCUGGAUAUACAACGCUGGAUUCCAUUUCCACAAUGAGCAUCGAUGACAUCAGGCGAAUCGGGAUCUGCUUGAUCGGGCACCAGAGGCGGAUCAUAAGCAGCAUCCAAUCUUUGCGUCUGCAGUUUCACCGUAUCCAACGUAGCGGCUUUCAAGUGUGAGGUCUUCACACAAAAGCCAGACUGUGUGCAGACAUUGGAUGGAUGGAUUGAUCGCACACCAGAUGGAGGAAGUGUCACACACUGCCGACGAGAGCAAUCGGGAGCUUGACAACGUGGAGCCAGGUGAACACGUCACGCCGUCACCGAUGUCGGCCGCUCCACCACGACGAACCUCACUUGCAAUCUCGAUAACUCAGCAAACAAGACUUGCGAUCUUUCCCACCAGUGUUGAUUCAAGUGCCAGUCGAUGCCUCCACUCUUCCCAAGUGACAAUCCAAUGGUUGCUUUCCAUUGAAUGGUCUCAAAUUGGAUACCUCAAGACCAGAGAUCAUGUGGAGAGAACAUUAUGUCAUGUAUCAUUUUAAUAAGAAAUUCUAUUGCCGGUUUAAAUAUUUCACCGGGAAGUGUCAAAAUGGUCCCAAUCACAAUCCUCUUUUUGAACUGAAGACAAGUGAAUGUCAAAAGAUUUUAUAGAAACGUGUUCUAUCUUCUUGGUAUUGCAAAGUGUGUCUUGUACUGAAAGUCACGUGACAGCUGUAUGUUUCUUCCUUAAUAAACAAGUCUAUUUUAA